AGCUGUUUGAGUCACAUGGCCCGGGUUUCUAUUGAAACCAGUGAGAAGAGGCUCGAAGCUCAGCCUUUAGUCCAUGUUUUUGAAGCCAAUGGCAGCAACAUGAGUGGAGCCCAACAGCACCGAGCAAUGACGGCAGACAGCCUCCCUCUGAACGGGACAGCAGCUUUGGGACUACAUGACCAGGAGAUGAACACAGCUCUGUUUGAGUUCAAGGUGUUUAACAUCGUCAUCAUUGCCCUGGCCUUGUGUAUCCUCACUAUCACCGGCCUGUACUGCAUCACUGUCUGCUACAACCGCAGCAGACAGUCAAAGAGAGCCCAAGUGUAUGAGAGUGCAGUGACCCGAGGCGAGUCACUAGACCCCGUGGCAGUCAGAGCAGUGAAGAGGUCGACCAGCUUCAUCAACCCUCUCGCCUUCUUCAGGAAACCAGAGGUAGCGAAGGACAACUCCAGGAUCUAUUACAUCUACAGUAACCCACUGCCUGUUGGGGUGAAGGAGGAAGAGGAGGAGGGGGGGACCAGAGCCCCACAGGGACCACUGUCGUUUCAAGAGUACGCCAAUGAUCCCAACAGUGGCGUCAUCCUGGACCCUCCAAUUUUUUACAUGCAGCUUUAGAAGGUGGUGAAGAGUUAUGCCGUGCGGGUGGGAGGGAGAAGCUGUCUGAAGGUCCCAAGGUUGGCUAGAGAUCUAAAAGGUCUGAGGUUUGACCCCUGCAGGAAAGUUAUGUCACCAUGUACAGGCCAUUAAAGGGGCACACCACUGAUCUUACAAAUUAAAUUCACUUAUCAUGAGCAGUACUAUUCAGACUGUAAAGAACUGUUGUAUAAUGUCCUCUGUAGCUCAAGUCUGAGAAAAUCACCUUGAUGAUGUCAUAGUGAUGUCAUCAGGGUUAUCUCAGCAUAUGCUUGGAGACUACGAAUUUUUAACAGAAAGUCUACGUUACAGACUAGGGCAUGAAGUUUGAAAGAUGUGGGCAUUUACCAGACAAGGAACUUAAGAUGCUAUCAAGUUGCACUAUGGGGAAUGUAGGAUCCAGUGUUUGAAAGCUUAGGAUAUUUUGUCCACUGCUGCUUCAGUUUUGACCAUUCUUUGUUUUAAUCUGUGUCUUGUGAAUACUAAAUCAGUGGUGUACCCCUUUAAAGCCCUGAUCUACUUUUUCAUAACAAAUACUGAUUAAGUUUAAAAGUGUGUAAACUAAAAAUGUGGGUGGGUGCAAGAGCAAACAAGGAUGUGUAUCUGAUACUAGACCAUGCAAAUGUAUUGGAUGCUACUUUAUGAAAAUACCUAUCUUGACAUCACUGGCUCGAAGUCUUGGCCAACAUAAAGUGUAACAACAG